AUGACAGUCAUUGACAAUGCAGUGGAAGCCCAGACUUCUGCCCACAAAAGAACGGUGGUGCAGGUUCCCGGGAGAAGUUUAGCUAUCUUCGACCCUCUCAAGGUUGUGUACGCCUCGCCUCUCGAGCUACGGUCGAUUGACGUCGGCGACCUGGAUGGCGACGGGUUCCCUGAUGUUGCAGUAGCAUUUCAACUCUCCGAUCAUGUGGUGUGGUUUCGGAAUGCAGACGGUCAGGGUGGAUUUACGACCGGCACUGAUAUCGAUACGGACGCGGGAGGUUCGCCUUCAAAUGUCAAGCUAGCCGACGUCGACGGGGAUGGGGACUUGGACGUAGUAUCCGCAUGGAAGACCGGCGAUCGAGUUACAUGGUAUGAAAACGACGGAGAAGGAACGUUCGCGAUCGGCCUUGAUCUUUCGACAACGGCCGAUGGUGCUUACGGGCUGGCGCUGGCGGACCUAGAUGGAGACGACGAUCUUGACGUCGUGUCAGCAUCCGUUUGGGAUGGGUUGGCGUGGUACGAGAACUCGGACGGCAACGGGGUAUUCUCGUUCGGCAUCAGCUUGGAACGUGGGGAACCUGCCAAGGACGUCGUAACGGCGGAUCUCGACGGGGACGGCGAUCUCGAUAUCAUCGCUGCAUCCUACGACGGCAGUCACGCCAGUAGUAAUUACUACGACGGCCGAAUAUUCUGGAUCGAAAACACCGACGGCGAAGGAACGUUUGGAGAAGGCGAAGACAUCGACUCGCUGGACUCCGCGAGGAUUGUGGUGCCUGUGGAUCUCGACAAUGACGGGGAUGUUGAUCUGGUGGCCUGCGACAACGUCGGGGGGCGGGUAAUGUGGUAUGAAAACACAAACGGGCAGGGGAACUUUUCGGCCGCCAUCGACAUCGCCAUCGACUCCGGGGUAAACAUGGUGAUUGCGGUUGACCUCGAUGGGGACGAUGACUUCGAUUUAUUGACCGCUAGUCGGGAUAGCGGCCGCGUGAUCUGGUACGAAAACCUGCUCGCAGAAGACGGUGACAGCGGAGCAACAUCAACAACGCCAGCGCCGCUCCCCAUCCUUGCUCCAACACCGUCGAUGGCCCCGACCCUGGCCACGAGUGCCCCGCCCUCAUCACGAGCAUCACCAGUCACCGGCACCACGUCUCCUUCUGCACCGGUCGAAGCGGAACUAACUUCUGCACCGGUCGAAGCAGAAGCAGGUGCAGACACCGGCAGCAGCGAUGGCAACAGCGGCAUUAGCGCCACACUCGAGAUAUUUAUCGGGGUCGCGUCGACGGUUGCAAGCGCAGUGAUUUUGGGAGCCGCCAAGAUUAUAUUUUCGAGAAGACAACCGGCAGACGCCGCUUAA